AUGCCAGUGACCCUUCUCAAUGGUCCUCUCCAUGCUGAUUAUGAAGGAGAUAAAAGAUUCAACCAAAAACCUCCCAACAAAAGACGUGUUUUUAUCCAAACUGAAAACGGAUGUGUCGUAGGAAUGGAAUUAGAAAGAAACGACAACGCCCAUACGCUAAAAAGAAGAAUGCAGUUAACCCUAAACCACCCAACAGAUCAAACUUCAUUAACCUUCGGUGACAAGGUUUUAAACCACGAUCUUUCCUCCAUAAAACACGAUUCCGCCCUUUUUCUCACCAAAAACUUAAUCCACCGAAGCUCUUCAACUCCAUGUCUGUUACAAACACCAAGAUCCCUCCAACAAAAAGAUCAAAGUGGUAUUAUCGAGAUCAUUGGUCUUAACACCCGUUCUACCCAUUUCACCAAAACAAAUCAGCUCGUGGAAGAAAUCAUUACAGCUUUGACAAACGAAAUCGACCCGAUUACUGUAAACGGCGGAUUAGGUGGCGCGUAUAUUUUCAGAAACAUCAAAGGUCAAAGUAUCGCGAUUGUAAAACCCACAGAUGAAGAGCCGUUUGCACCGAACAACCCUAAAGGGUUCACCGGAAAACUUCUAGGGCAACCGGGUUUUAAACAAUCCGUACGGGUCGGGGAAACCGGAUUCCGGGAAGUGGCGGCUUAUCUUCUAGAUCAUGACCAUUUCGCCGGAGUGCCCUUAACGUCUUUGGUAAAAAUCACCCACUCAAUUUUCAACCUCAACGACUCUGUAAAUGGAAGCAAGAUUCAAAACAAGAAAAGAGUUAACGUUAACGUUAACGUUAGCAAGAUUGCAUCUCUCCAGCAAUUCAUCCCACAUGAUUUUGAUGCGAGUGAUCAUGGAGCUUCAAGUUUCUCUAUCUCUGAUGUACAUAGAAUCGGAAUCUUGGAUGUUAGAAUCUUGAACACUGAUCGACAUGCGGGAAAUUUGCUUGUUAGAAAGGUGAAUGAUGGGAAUUUUGGUGAGGUGGAGCUGAUUCCGAUCGAUCACGGACUUUGUCUUCCGGAAUGUUUGGAAGACCCGUAUUUUGAAUGGAUUCAUUGGCCGCAAUCGUCAAUUCCGUUCUCGGAUUCCGAACUUGAAUAUAUACAAUCCCUCGAUGCCGGUCGUGAUUCCGAGAUGCUAAGAACGGAAUUACCGAUGAUCCGGGAGGCGUGUUUGCGGGUUUUGACACUUUGUACGGUUUUCCUAAAGGAAGCAGCGGCUUUUGGGCUGUGUUUGGCGGAGAUAGGAGAGAUGAUGAGUCGGGAAUUUAGAUGUAAAGAUCAAGAACCGAGUGAGCUUGAAGUUAUAUGUUUAGAAGCAAUGAGAGAAGUGGUGGAUAAUGAUUCAAAGAACAAAUCUUUUUCUUGCAUGCAAUGGGGUUUAAGGAAGAAAGGUGGUGGGAAUGGGCGGGUGAGGGGGGCGGAGGUUGUGGGUGUCCGGAGUAGUGCGGAGGAGUUGGUGGGGACGCCGGCGAGUUUUGUGAAGGUGGGGGAAAUGGAAGAAGGGGAAUGGUGGGAUUUUCUUGACAAGUUUCGGGAGCUUGUGGGCCCCGCUUUGGCUACUAGGAAAGUGUCAAGGGUAAGCGUCAGGAACAAUUUACGUGUGGGGGGUUCUUGUCAGUUUUGA